GUAACGGCACAUGUCCAUACCAGGAUUGCACUACCGAUGAUGGCUGAUUCGUGCGAUACGCUUUGGGAUCUCACAUCUCAAGAUCAGAAAAGCAGGCCGAACAGCCCACAUGCCAUGGGACGCCAUAACCGAACGUUUCGUAUCUCGUUCCCUGCAGUACACACUAGUCAUCGCUCCAGCCACUGACGGUUCGAUGAGGAAGUGGCUACACACAAUGACUCUCAUACUUCGUUUGCCUCCAACCUACAGCACCGUGCGACACCGCCUCGCUCUCGAAUGCCUCGUUUGCGUGGCAGACAUGUCGACCUGUCACCAUCAGAUAAGAUAAAGUGGAAAGCGAAAAUAUUGGUGGGGCAGCGGCCAAUCGGGGAUCAACACAACAUUCGACAUUCGUCUUGCUCGACAGACGCCCAUCGCAGCAUACCUACGCUCUCUCCACACCUCACCGCAACGUCCUCAUGCCCUCGCAAUGUUCCAAACGCUCGCUCAACGUCCUCGUCGCCCUGACGGAUCCGUCUGCCUUCAAAUUCAGCUGCUCAGUCGUUGCGCUCCUGCACCGCCUCGAACAUGUCUCUCUCCGCAUCAUCGCUGCCAAUGACUUCCCUGCGGCUGCUCACGCCACCAUUCCUCCACACCUCGAGCCCGUGUGGUUCACAUACGAUAUCAAGAACAAUACAGCGCCCGGCUGGCAACACGUCGACUUUAUAGAGACAAAGGUAGCCGAGUACUGCUCGUGGGCCGACUUGCUGGUCCUCGCCCCCCUCGAUGCGGAGAACCUGGCCCGAAUGCUGCAUGGCUUCACCAACAACCUGCAUCUGCAAAUACUGAGGAGUUGGGAUGUGUCGAAGAAGGUUCUCCUUAUACCGGGCAUGUCCACGUUGAUGUGGGAGAACCCAACGUCGAAGAAGCAGAUGGGCAAGAUUCGUCGCAAGUGGAACUGGAUCCGCGUUCUGUCUCCCUACCUCUGGACCUUCGACCACUUGGGGCGAUAUUACUACCCAUGGGACGGACACAAAGCGUUCAAUGACUUUAUGCAAACACAGAUUGAUCUCAUGGCAGUUGGUGAUCGCACAAUCGCUCUACCCAUCCCCCACCUUCCAACGCUCACGCCCACCAAGAGCAAAGGACCUCGUCUUCCACCUGAACUAUGGUCUAUCAUACUAGAGUUCACAAAGGACUGGGAGUUGGCAACGGCGCUGAACGUGCACACAAACUUGCCAGUACCGCAAGAGUGGCGACAAGCGGCUAGUGAGGAAGGACCCAAGACCCAGAUGCAGAGACUGGAGUGGGCACUCCUCACAUACUCCAAUCUCGAGAUCAACAAGUUGUUCGAUCAAGAGGAACCCACACGCAUCUCCCGCCUGUGCAUCGAGCUCAUCAUGCGCUUCGCCAUGCUACCCGUGCUGCGCCAUCUGGAAAACCACCACAAAGACCUCUUCUGGGGCACCUUUGGCCACGCCUUCCUCCCACACAAAGCUUCCGUCUUCGGCAAGCCCGAAAUCCUCGAAUACUGGCGCACCUCACCCACCUUCCUCACAAAAGAAUACUCACCCGAAGCAAUGGACAACGCAAGUCGGGCAAACUCUCUCCGCACGCUAGACUGGUGGUACGCCUCGGGCCUGCCGCUAAAAUACACCGAAGCAUCCCUCGAACAAGCAAGCUCACAAGGCCACAUCCAAGUCCUAGAAUGGUGGCAAUCCCACAGCCGCUACCGCACCGCCACCCCUUCCCCAACAACAACAACAACAGAAACAACAGAACCACCACCACCACCACCCCCACCAGACACCCCCAAACCCCCCCUCGACCUCCCCCUCAAAGUCGGAAAAUCAAUAACCUACGCAACCCAAUCCGGCUCCCUCCCAGCAAUAAACUUCUGGGUCCAAUCCACCAUCCCCUUCGCGCACGAAGACACCAUCGCAAAGCUCGCCUCCACCCACGGCCACACCCACAUCCUCGCCUACUGGCGCGAGCUGCGCGGCGAGAAAAUGCUCUUCGACACACAGGUCCUGGUCGGCCCGACCAAAAUGGGCUAUGCGCAUGUUCUGGAGUGGUGGAAGCGUAGUGGCCUGCGUGUGGAGUAUAAGACGUGCGAUAUUGAGGAGGCGCUGGAGGAUGGGGUGGAGGGGGUGAGGGGCGAGGAGGUCAGGAGGUGGUGGGCGCUUAAUGGGUUGAAUUUGGGGGUGGGGACGAGCGAGUGGAUGAGGAUAGCGGAUAUCAAAUAG